CAUGUCCGCCGGGGCCAGCGUGAGCACCCUGCAGCGCCUGGUGGAGCAGCUCAAGCUGGAGGCCGGCGUGGAGAGGAUCAAGGUCUCGCAGGCAGCCGCGGAGCUCCAGCAGUACUGCACGCAGAAUGCCUGCAAGGAUGCCCUGCUGUUCGGCGUGCCAGCUGGGAGCAAUCCCUUCCGGGAGCCCAGGUCCUGUGCUUUACUCUGAAGACUGGGGAGGAGUUCUGGGAAGCACACGGGCAAGGAUGACCGCCCACGUCUCAAGAAGAGUUUCCACAGCCAAAUCCCAUUCUCUGUUGCCUGGUCCUAGAGCCAAACUCUACAGAAAUCCAUUUUUGUAACCCUCACCCCCAAAUUUACUGAGCUGCAUCUCUCACCUCAUAGAACCUGCGUUGCUCCGCCGGGGAUAUGGGCAUGUUUUACUUACUGGGGGUUUACAUUUUAGGAGGGACGUUUUGUUUUCAAAAACUGAGAUUUGUAAUUUUCCUAAUAUUUUAUACUCUAAUAAAAUUUGUUCAUAAGAAUUUACUAUUACUAAAUGAAGACAAAGUAUAAAAUUGGGAGAAUAAUUGAUAUCUUGUUUUUUUUUUAAAAAAAGGAAAACAUUUUCAUUUCUCAAUGAAAUAUGGUCUUACUUUGACAGUAAACUUGGGAGAUGCUCUUAGCCAACUGAAAGAAUUGAUGUAGCGUCAGGUUGCCCAUCCUGGGUGAGGCUGGUUAGGUCUUUCCUUACUUCCUU